UGUUUAUUUAACACGAAGAAAAUUUGGCUGCCGAAUAGCCGCCAAAUUGCGAAAAUCCAGAGAAAACCACACUCGCAGAACAAAGCCAAAUUGUCAUGCCUGAGAAAACCACCUCGCCGACCAACGCUGCGACGGCCACCGACCGGCCAAAACCUUCAACCAACAAAAGAAAAAAAAAGAAAACCCUAGAAACCACGCAGAAGCACAAAUCCCAUCUGUGAGACCUGAAUCGUAACAACAACGGCGGAUAAAAUCUAAUCUUAUUAACAAUUCAGGCGUCCGGUCCAGCUUGCGCUGAUAACAAGAAUGACGGGCAAAUUGGUCAUAACCUGUGACGUAUGCGGCGCCGUGGGCCGCCCCGACGAGUCCGACGGCUUCUACUACUGCCCCCACUGCGGCUCCCAGGCCGCCGACAUCGUCGACACCGCCGUCGCCGACGAAGACCUGAUCCCGCCCACCGCCGACGGCGGCGGCGGCAUCUACUCGCAGCUUCCGUGCCGCCGCCAGGUCAUCAAAGCCGAGCCUAUCUCAUACUCCCAACCCCAGUCCCUCCUCUGGAAAGCCCUGGAAGCCGCCGCGGAAGAGAACGGCGGCGUCUCGGUCAAGGCGGAGCGCGAUGAUAAUGACGGUGUGGGGCCCACCGGGCCGGGCGAUUUCGGGCCGGGUUCGGGGAGGGAGAUCGGGUACGAUGAGUAUUAUAGUGAGUUGCGGAUGAGGUACGUGAUGGGGGUUCAGAUGAUGGUUCAGAUGCAAUGCAAGGCUCUGGUUGAGGUGUUUGGGGUGAGCCCGUUGGUUCGCGGGCUGGCCGGGACGGUCUGGUUGCGGCUCGUGGCGGUUGCGAGGGUUUUUGAUGAUAACUGGGCUGAUGAGUGCAUUCAGGAGUCUGAAUCACAGAAAGAUGGGCUGUUAGAUGAUUUUAAGCCUCGUGCUAAAUUCAGUGCGGAGCCUCACAAUAUCCAUGGUCAGAGAGCGGUAACGAUAUGGUACAGGUCGUUGAGAAGGAGUUUACCCUUAUCUUGUUCUUUGGCGAUAUCUUUUUUGGUUUGUCAUCUCGCAAGGGAGGCAGUCCUUCCAACUGAUAUUGUAAAAUGGACACUUGAAGGAAAGCUUCCUUAUUUUUCUGCUUUUGUAGAAAUUGAGAAACAAAUCGGGCCUCCACCAAUUGCAUGUCCAUUAAGUUCAAGUUUUUUGUUCAAACCUUCUGAAACUUUUCCCUUGCAAAAGUUGGAAUCACAGGCUGCAUCUAUUGCUCAAACAAUAGGUUUGGAAUUACCUCCGGUCAACUUCUACGCUAUAGCCUCACGUUACUUAUCGAAAUUAUCACUUCCUGUGGGAAAAAUUCUUCCAUCCGUUUGCCAGAUAUAUGAGUGGUCCUUGCCUCCUGAAUUGUGGCUCUCAGCGAAUGAGUUUAGACUUCCUACUUGUGUUUGUGUAUUGUCAAUGGUGAUUGUAGCAAUAAGGAUUCUGUAUAAUAUACAUGGUUUUGGCUUUUGGGAAAUGAGUUUGUCAAGUUCCGGUGAAUCGUCGUCUGGGAAUGGUCAGGUGGAACCCACAUGCAAUGCCAGUGUGAGAGAUGACGCUAAGCAGGGUUUCCCCUGCCCUGGUUCAGAUGAUUCGGUUGUGGAUUCUUCGAAAAAGACAUCACAUGAGAGAUUUGAUGCGGCUGCUGCGGAGCUUUUGUGUAACCUUGAAUCACGAUAUAAUGAGCUCAAAGAGAUAUAUGAGUAUUCCAAGGAUUUGCCAACCUAUCUACAGUAUUGUAAUGAUGUGGUUUUCGCCGGUUUAAAACCUUCAUUUGAGGAUUUUGAGGAAGAGAAGAUAAUCGAGGAAUUAUGGAACUAUUAUCAGGAUCAAAAGGAUUCUGGAUCAUCAGAUUACCAGGAAGUGGGAUGUAAUAAUGGUUCUAACCAUAAGCGAUCUAGAGAUGAUGUCAUGAGAUUGACCGAGAAAUCCAAGAAAAGAAGAGAUGACAGCCCCAACAGCUGUCCAUCCACUGACCUUGAAACCUCCCAAGCCAAUGAUUGUUCACAACAGACCAUGAGUUUAGAUGGUUGCGCAUUGAGUGGUAAUGAUCCACCGGUGAUUCAUCAAAAGUCCUCAGAGACCAAAAAAGAUAAUGCCAUUAUGCGAAUGAAGUCGAACAUGGAGGAGAAUAGAUUCUAUUAUAUUCCUCCAAGGGUCAAUGUCAAGAGAUUAGAUUACCUCCACUACGUGAGAAAAAAGGAUGAUGGUGCCUACACUUAUGCAGCCCAUGCUGAUUAUUACAUUUUGCUUCGUUCUUGUGCAAGGGUAGCACAAGUUGACAUUAGGGUUAUGCAUGCUGGAGUGUUGAGCUUUGAGAAGAGACUGGGUUGGCUUGAGAAGAGAAUUGAUCACUGCUUGAAUUUGGGACCUCCGAACGAUGAUUCUUGCGAGUUCUGCCGAGAAGAUGUGCCAAAAGAUUCUAUGGAUGACUCCAUUGACGUUUCAAAGCUGAAUUUGUGACCCAAGGUAGUCAGCAUGCUUUAAACCUCCUUUCUUUCAUUCAGCGACUGGGUAUGCACUUCGCCAUGGAACAUCUUGGUGAUCUCCAUUUCUUUGUGGAAAUAUCGAACUACAAAAGUCGAACACAGUCUGCGUGACGUAGCUUUCAACUAAAGUAGACUACGAAGUCGUCCUGUUGAAAACAACCUAAGAACACAAGUACAUCUAGAAGGUGUGGUUAGGACGGACGUGUCUGGUACAAGCGUUGGACACUGACAAGGCACGGCACUGGUCAGACAAACUCUGGUCCUAUGCAUCCCCCAUCGUUUGGACUUACUAAUCGUAGAAAUAUUGUCUUAGAUGAUGUGUGUGAUUCAUGUUGCAUGCAAUGAUGGAACUGUUUUUUCUUAGAUUGGGUGUGGUUUGUAGAUUUUGCUGUGAUAGAAUUAGUUGAGUGAUACAUUAGUGGUCCAAAUUUUAACAGAACUCACGUGAAAGCAUGUUUUUGGAACACGCUUUUACAGGAAUUUCAAUUUACUGGUUCUAUGUUGGAGUGUUAUCUUUCACACUUCUUUUUUCAUAAUCUUGUAGGGACAUUUGCUGUUUUUAAACACAAAACAGGAAGUCACUUUGUCAAAAUUUUACCGUACUACUACAAUACUACCAAGUCAUUUUUGGCACUGCUACUAUCCUAGUCAUUACAUUACACCCUUAUUAGGUAAUGAGGUAAAAAUUUGACUUUGCCAGAAAAAUUACCUUUUGAAGAGAAACUUGGCAAGUUGGUUGAGUGCAAUUUUUGGGAUGUUUUGUAAAAAAUUAGCUUUUGCCACUGGCAGCUGACUAUAGUUUCUCAAACCUCGUCGAGUUUUUUUGUGAAAUUUAUAGAAUCCCUGAUUUGCUAUUCCACCACAACUUUCGUCGGUCUGAAUGUGCUGAACAAAUUGAUUGGAUAGCCUCACUAGUUCGUGCUUUCAAUGGGACAAGGAUUCCUGUUGCCGAGCUUGUAGGUUCACAAAGUCACAGAAAUUAUUGUUAUUGUUUAAAGUACGAAACAUUUUGCAACUUGAUAUUAGAUUGUAUAGAUUAAUAGAACAAAUCUGAGGUAUGUGGCCUGCCGUCUUUUGUGGAUACUUGGCACAAACACACUGUUAUUCUAUUGGAUAAAGCCUAGAUAAGCUAUGCUAUAUGUACUUUAUUCUGUCAUCUCCUAUAGUUCAUUUUUUGGACGUGUUCGAAUUUGUUGAGGUGAUAUUUGUCUGAAACUUUAGAUACUCUCACAGAUGGAAAGGAUGCCCCCUUUCAAUCUUUUGCUUCUGUCAUACCAAAGCUGUACUGAAUAGGUUAUUCUAACUUCUGUCCAAUUUUUUUGCUCGAAACCGCUCCAGUGUUGCCAUUUGGGUAAGUUAGUAACUCAUGCGUUUAUAUGAGCUGCUCAACCUUUUGGUCUUGUGAACUUCAGUACAGAUAAAGUAAGAUAUCUCUAAUGGAGCUAGUUGGAUGACCAAAUUCAAUAUUUAGAUGCUUUCUUGGUAUGACCUAACAAGAAUACAUCAAACUUUAGUAAUGAAUCGCAUUCAGGUAAAACAGCUCCUUAUUAUCAUUCUUUCGAGGGCUUCCCACCAAGUCAGUGAAGUCACCUCUCUUUAGUUUUUAGCAGAGGCUGGGUAUUAUGUACUAGAUUCUUGUUUUAGAAAUUAGAGGAUGAGCAAAUAGAUCAAGAUACUAUCACGAUAUAUUAUUGUACGAGAUAUCUGUCAUAGAUGGAUCUUAAACAUAAUCCACCGUGGAAGGAUUCAGUCAGUUACUUGUGAUAUUAUUUCUUGUGGAAGAAAGUAUAAACAUACUCUACAUUUGUUGCCCAAAGAUAUGCGAGCUUCCUUCGUAGAAGAUCUAGGAGAUGCUCUCUGUCUAAGCUGUAUAAGUCAUUUGUUGCUUAGAGUUUUAGAAGAUAUUCUAUGCUAAAUAUAGAGUUACCUGUUCCAUUGAGAACCUGUUCCUUCUAUCAUCCCUUUGAGUCUUAACUUGUUCCAACUAAUGAAAAGAACGUGAAACUGUAACAUGUCACAUGUGCAACUUUUCAAGUUGGAAGAUUCAAUGUGAAGUGGUCAAAUUUGUGUUGAGUGCAGAUAAAGGAACUCAUGUAGGAUUUUCUUAAGAGUAGGAGCAAAAAGAAUUACACAUCCUUAAGACACUACGGUAACGAAUGUAAACAGAAAAUUCUCUUGUCCAAAUGAAAAUGGAAAAACGUCACAUUUUGCAUUUGGGAGCCAACAUCUUCUUCACUGUAUUACCUCUUAUGUGGAGACGAUGCUGGCUCAAUGGAUGCUUCAAAGGCAGUACAUUUUAACGGCUAGAACUAUGCACAUUCUCUAUAGUUACACCCCAUGAAAGAAAAACAAGGAAAUCUCACCCAAUCAAUCCACUCAGAAUCCCUUAAGGAAGUGAAGAAGGUAUGCCUUCUUACCACGUUCUAGUUUUUCUUGCGUUUUUGAUGCCAUUUCUUUCUGUUUAUGCCAAUGCUUUCCUCUCUUUAGUCUUUGUAGUUGCAGAAGCGUCUUGAGUAUAUCAAGACCUGUUGUGAAUGGGGUCUGAUCCUUUUCGAACUCUUCGUGCGCUUGAUUGGUUGGGAUCAAAUGCCUUGUUUACAGGUGGGUGUUUCUUCUCCAUAUUCAUUUCGUGCAUUCCGCUGGUUUUCUUCUCUGUAUUUCCUGCCUGCAUAUCAACAGCCUUAAGUGUGCGUUGAUAAUUCAAAACCGACCCAUCAUCUUCUGUUCUCCAUCUUAGAACAAGGUCUAUGCUUCUCAGGCUAGAACCUUUACUUGGUUGAACUGUGAAGAAGCUGAUACAGAUAAGAAGGAUAAACACCCUCCGAGUGUUACAGACCAUUGUCCCUCUAGAAACAAUAAGAUAGGUAUAUAGGGUAUAUGUAUGUUUAGGAGAGUGAGAAGAUAGAAAGAAAAAUAGAGAUAGUGUUCUUUCUGUUCUUCUUAUCAUCCA